CGCAGGCUCGGCACCAGGCAACGUAAAUCCUGCCGUGUCGAGUCGACUUCGUUAACUAGCAGUUAGUGCGCUCGAGCGCCUGAUGCCGCCGAUGAAUCAACGGUCAGCACGAACUUAACUCACUAACGAGCAUGCAACUACUGGCAACGGAGCGCUGCGGUCAACAUCGACAUCAUCCGUCGUCUCUCUCAUCGAUAAUAAUCUCGUCUCGAUGGUUUUCUCUUAGCCGCCACAUUUAACUUACUUAUCCCGUUUCACUCGUCUGUUCCUCUCUUCUUCAAGCGACCGCACCUCACUUUUAUUUUAUUUUAUUUUUUCCUUUGGUCUUUCUUGUGAUUCUGCUUUGGAUCCUGGUGGAGCCUUUCUCGCUGCCGAACACCGUCCUACCGGAUCCUCGAAGCCAACACACCUAACAUUUCUACAUUCCAUCUACAUCUUCUCUUCGCUUGGAGGAACGGUGUGACUGCUGUGUCCUGGCAACCAGAUCCUAACCCUGCAACGCCCACAAGACCGCGGAGUCUCCCAUCCGGUUCGCUGUUCUUGAUGCGUGAAUCGUCGGACACUCCACCUCCUCUCCAUUUCUCGCCUCCAUCAAGCGACCACGACCGUACCUCAACCCGUGAAUCCACACCAAUUGGCACUCCAGUCGGCUCUGGCCUCGCGAGUUCACGCAGACCCGAUCGGGAUCGAAAUUCCUAUUUUCCCUGGCAACGCAAACUCGGGGAGGAAGGCAAACCGGCUGCACGCGACCGUCAUACCAGCUUCUUAGGCGACCUGGGUGACUCUACAUUCCCUCUGUUUCAGUCUUCACCGCCUGAACGGACCAUGGAGAAUACAACGUCUCCGAUCAACAUUUCGGCGUCUCGCCAGACAUCUCUUUCCCCACCCGGCCAGCAAGCGUCCAACCUCACGUCCGCCCUGCAGAGAGCCGCGGCCGUGGACCGCCCUGACCUGAUCCCCGCCUGGAAUGGGGCCAGCCCUACCGCAUUCAAGACGAAUGGGGCGCGAAAGGACUCGUUCAGCGCCACAAUGGCACAAUAUUCGAAUGGUUCCAAGCCGAUUACUGUCGCUGGUUCUAACCGUGACAAGCCCCGUCGAGAGAGUCUUGCAGGCAGUCUAGUCGGAGGGAUGAGCUGGGGUGGUGUAUCGGUUGGAAGUUGGAUUAGAGAUGAUAUUAUCAUGACAGGAACCUCACCUUUCACACUACAGUCGCCCUCCUACCACUCCUCCUCGUAUCUGCCCAAACUCGAAGCAAAUUUCAUGCGCGACUUUUCUUGUUGUGGAAUCACGCUUCCCACACUUCAUGAUCUCCUCCAACACUAUGAAGAAGCCCACGCUCAAAAGUCGCCUCCGCCGCCACAAAGGUCGCAGUCAAGUCAGACCAUAUCAGAUAACAGAUCCGGCACGGCUGGAAAUCACAUGCAGCAAAAUCAACAGCCCGGUGCCGGGAAGGGAUUCGUCACACCUCAUCCUGUUGGCAACCAGCGCCCGCCAACCCAGAUGACGAGCGCAUCUCAACAACGGAUUCAACCACAGGGUGGAUUUAACACAUCCCGGGUUAUGGAUUUACCGGAUCUUGAUACCGUUGAUGAUAUGGAGAUGGACGAUCCCUUGUCAGAUACUAGUUUCCAGCAGCCCCAACAACAAGGAUUUUUGCAGGCUCGCUUUAGUCAGGAGAAUAGAGGAAACAGAGUGUCACCGCUCAACCUGGGAAUGCUUCAAAACCAAGGAUUUAGAAGCUCUCAGCCCGGUACACCCGUUUCUCCUGCAAGGCCCCUUCAAAAUAAUCCGACCGUAUCUUCCGUGAAUACGCCAACCCUCUUACCCCACUCUCUACAACAGCAGCCAGCUUCUCAGUUCCGCAAUACUCCCGAGUCUUCUACGCCUGGCACUCCUGCAGAACUCGACGAGUCGAUCGUUGGCGGAAUGAGUGACAUGUCUAUGCAAGGCGCCCCUCUUCCAGGGAACCAGCCUCAAUACCCCGGAUAUGGCGGGCAGAAUGAUAUGCUGGAUUUGUGCAUUGACGAACCAGCCAAAAGAUUGUUUAGACAGGGCGGAGGUUUCAAGAAUACACAGCCAAAUGCCCAGUUCCGGUUGGGCGGGGCCCAAUACGGACCCAACAGUGAAAUCGCACAACGCAUUCGAGAACAGCAGAGGCUUGCUGGUGUUCCUGAUCCAUCAUUCCUUAGGCCUGAUGAGGAACCUAAACCUUAUAGAUGUCCUGUCAUUGGGUGCGAAAAGGCUUAUAAAAACCAAAAUGGUCUCAAGUACCAUAAAUCGCACGGCCACAACAACCAACAACUCCAUGACAAUGCUGACGGAACAUUCUCUAUCGUCAACCCUGAAACUUCCAUCCCAUACCCAGGCACCCUUGGCAUGGAGAAGGAGAAACCUUACCGCUGCGAAGUUUGCGGAAAGCGAUACAAGAACCUUAACGGCCUCAAAUACCACAAAGCCCAUUCACCGCCAUGCAAUCCCGAGCUAUCAUUCAUGACUAAUAGGAAUAUGAACACCGGCGGAGUUAUGCAAGGCGAAAAUGUUAAUGUUGCUGGAGCCGGUCUCCCAGGAAUCGGAGAAUAA